AUGAAAUUUGAGAGAUUAGUAUAAUUUGCUAAGGCAGAACUUAAGCUUGAUACUCCUUAAUUACCAAUUUAAUUGUCACUUUUAAAUAUUGAAGAAAAAUAAAUAAAUAAUUAAUUAAUUAGCUAUUUAGAAGGAAAAAAUGAAGAAAAAAUUUUAGAUAAUAAGAAUUUAAUUAAUAAAUAAUCAAAGCUAGUAUCGAAAAUAAAAAAACAAGUUAAAUUUAGAAAGAUAGAAGAAGAAAAAACACAAGUAGAAUAUAAAAGAAAAAGAAAAGGAAAUCAAAUAAAAAGCUAAUUAACUAAUUAAAUGAAAUCCAAACCAAUUAAACUGCUAUUACCAAAGUGUAAGUGUCAAAUUUGA